UCGAUGGAAACAGAUCGAUUUUUACAAAAUAUUGAUUAUUGAAAAAUAAGAUCGCAUUUCGUCAAUGUUUCUUAGAAUAGAUAUCCUCUUAGGAAAUAUGUAAUGCAUGAAAAAUUAAAGGAAUUAUUCCAAAUUGUAGAAUUUGUUAUUUUGUAUAUACUAAGUGAGGUUGGUUAUCUAGGUAUAGAUAGAUUGUUUAGGUAAGAUUAUCUGGCACUGUGACAUGCAAUAUGGCCGUGGCCAUUAAGUCGGUGUGUUUUUGUCAUUGUAAAGUUUCGACAAAACGGCGGGAAUGAUUUUCAUUUAUUAAAACGUCCAUUGCUCUGCAGUAAUAAUGAAUCAACUGAUUACAGAAAGGACAAAGAACGAUUAUACGUAUGGUGUAAAUCAAGAAACUCACAUUAAACAUAAACAAUACUCGUUAAAACAACAUUGUUGACGUACGUCAACAAAAUUAAUUUAUGUAACAAUUUGACUUGCCAGACGAUCAAAAUGCUUCAGAAAGGAAAAUGUAAAAUAGAGAAGUAGACGUAUAUAUUUUCAGAUAUUAUUUUCAUGAAGAAAUACGCAUUAAACUUUAACUCCAAAAAUGGAAUUGAUUUGAUGAUAAAAGAAUUCGAUGGAUAACAAAAGUUGGAUUAAGGAAUAAAUAUUUCGUUAAUAAAUGAAGUUAACAAUUAUCUGACUUAUUAUGGAAACUGUAUGGAGGAACUUUAAAUUCAAAUACAUUAUUAUUUGUAUCUUCGUUACCUUUGUUAUGUCCUGUUUGAUAAGUAUUGUUCCGAUCAAUAUUGAUGAAUGCAAGUGUGAGAAUGAUGCUGCAAUGAAGCAAUAUAAUGCCCACAAACAAAAUGCCAAAUUUAAUAGAAGGACCGAACGGUCGGAAUACAAGCUAGCUAUUCUUGUACCAUUCAGAGAUCGUUUUGAUGAAUUAUUAACAUUUGCGACGCAUAUGCAAGAGUUUUUAUAUAAGCAGGAUAUAGAAUAUCAUAUAUUUGUAUUGAAUCAGUUUGACAGAUACAGAUUUAAUCGAGCUUCCCUUAUUAAUGUUGGUUUUUUGGAAACCAGUAAAGAUUUUCAUUAUAUGGCCAUGCACGACGUUGAUUUAUUGCCAUUAAAUGACGAAUUAUUAUACGUAUAUCCCAAUAAAGGUCCUUACCAUAUAUCAUCACCGGAUUUGCAUCCUCGGUAUCAUUAUUCCACAUUUGUUGGUGGUAUAUUACUUAUUAAAAGAGAGCAUUUCAGGCAAGUUAAUGGUAUGUCUAAUAAAUACUGGGGUUGGGGUCUAGAGGAUGAUGAGUUUUACGUUAGGUUGAAAGAAGCUGGUUUAACUAUUACUCGGCCUCAAAAUAUUUCUACAGGAACGCAUAAUACGUUCAAGCAUAUUCACGAUAGAAAUCAUAGGAAGCGUGAUAUGAUAAAGUGUUAUAAUCAGCGGGAAGUUACUAGAAAACGGGAUAGAGAAACUGGUUUAAAUAAUAUCUCGUAUAAAAUAAUAAGUAGAAUUAAAAUGACUAUUGCAGGCACACCAUUGACAGUGCUCAAUAUUUCCUUGAUGUGUGAUAAGUCUAGUACACCUUGGUGUGAAUGUGAUAAAACUAGUGUUUCUAAAGAUACUAAGCCAAAAGAGAAAAAGAAAAUAAUUGGUAAUAAUAUUAACAACGAUAAUAAUAAUAUUAAUAAUAAUAAUAUUAAUAAUAAUAAAAACAGAGGUAAAUCUGAUACAGCAUUAUAACUAUAUUAUUAUUGUACUAAAAAGAAAUUACAAAUCCCAUAAGAAUUACAUUAAA